AUGAAUACCUCAUCUUGGGAGAAGCAAGUUACUAAUAUGACAAACAGAAUCCAUUCUGCUCUAUAUCAAUUAAAACUUUGCAGGCACCUAUUACCGGAAGCUCUCAAAUCUAAGCUCGUCAUUUCACUUAUCUACCCACAUGUUGAUUAUUGCUGUGUGGCUUACACGGACAUGACAACCGAGCAAAGUCUGAGACUUCAUAGAGCGGUGAAUGCUUACGUCAGAUUCAUCUUCAACGUAAGGACUGAUGAGCACAUUACACCUUAUUAUGUAAGGCUACGAUGGCUCAAGGUUAAUGCUAGAAGAGCUUACUUUGUGGGAUGCCUGUUGUAUAAGAUAUUGGAAACUAAACAACCAAGUCUUCUGCACUCCAAUUUCAACUGUAGGAUUGCAACAUCCGACCGUGCCACUAGGGCUCCGAGGGAUGGGCUAUUUCUGCCACUAUGUAGAACUGAAUUAUUUAAACGGUCUUUUAGACUUACGUCGGCUAGGUUUUGGAAUGGUCUCCCUCAGUCUAUUAGGAGUGCGGCGACACUGGCGGAUUUUAAACAAAAGUUAUAUUCGCGGUUGCUAGUCUGUGCCUAUCCAUGA